AUGGCGACGGAAGGAUUCAUCACAUACAACGGCAACUGCCAUUGUGGCCGCUAUCGCUUCGAGAUUGACGCUCAGGAAAUCACCGGCGCCAUCACCUGCGACUGUGCCAUGUGUGCGAAGAAAGGCUAUCUCUGGAUAAUUCCCGAAAAAAGUGCCUUUCGUGUAAUACGAGACGACAACCGCCUGACCGAAUUUCAAUCUACGUCGCUGCGAGACAAGUUUUGCAAUUAUUGCGGCACUGGGCUCAUUGGCGAGCACACGAGGGGUCCGAUGUCUGGCAAAUUUGCUGUCAAUAUCCGGGCUAUUCAAAAUGUAAACCCUUUUAAGCUCGAAGACUUUGAUUCAUUGGCCAAGCUACACAUGUCCGAACCUCGAGGGCAGGAAACCGCUUCAUGCUACUGCGGCAAGGUCAGAGCUGAGCUUCUCUUUCCACUUUCUGAGCAGGAGAUGAAGGAAGACAACUGUAGCUCUUGCAUGAGAACUGCCUAUAUAGGCGUGUACCCUACACGGGAUCAAGUGCGAAUCCUCGGACGCAAAGACACCUUUGAGUACAUUCACGGAAAAAGGUACAGCGGCGUCUCUCAUUGCAAAGACUGUGGAGUUUACGUGUUUAAAAACAUUUACGGCCCGGACCCGAGCGUCUUUGACAAGCUCACACCAGAAAGACGCGCUGUUGUGCUGGAGAUUUAUCACAAGAAUAUGGCGCUUCAGCCUGUUAAUGCGAGAACCAUCGAGGGGCUAGAUUUAAAGUCGAUCAAAGUUGAGAGGUCGGACUCGGGAACGGACGGAUAUGUACUGGAUGAUUAG